AGUUCCGAUCCACUGUUUCCGAAAUUAUUGUGAUGCCCUUCGCUCCCCUUGUGAAUUGAUGAAGUUGGCGCUCUAUUGGUUCAGCAUCGACUCAGAUCGUUCUUCUCUAUGAUUACACACCCCCAGUUAUAGUCUAGUAAACUCGUGCUUGCUUAUUUAAUGAGCAGAAAGAAUACGGAUGGAACAGGCAACAUCUGACGAAUCUCAUGCCUCCACUUCCAUGAUAGGAAAAUAUCCUAGUACUUGGGGAGUACCUUUAGCUUUGGCCAUGUAUAGACGUGAGUUGUUUGUUGCGUAUGGAUGGGUGUACUAACAAACAGAGUAAAAGUUCAUCGUGUAUGCUUUCGAGUCUCCACAGGAAAUUGCUUGGAGCAGUGAGCAUCUGUUUUCUUUAAAUAAGAUGGAGUGGUCUGAUGACAAAAGAAGCAUGACUCAGAUUAUGCGGCGGACCGCUUUCAGAGCCUUCAACAAUGGCGACAGCGAAUCGCAAAGGCUCACACACUUUUACGACAUGCGACUUACUUAUGUGGACCCGGACGCAGGUGAAGCCGCGAGCGCGAAUUCGUCGCCAAAUAAGAGCAGCUGCAGUGAGAGAGAGAGUAGAAGUAGACUACAUUGCGCUACCGAGCACGCGCGGCGAAGUGUUGCGAUUCUAUGACCUUGGGAUGGUUUGUCGCUUGGUGCGUAGUGGCUGCUUGCAGUCUGCUCUAGUGGGUUUAUCGCGUUUUGCGCCGCCGCUUCGCUAUUUCUCUAUGCAGAGGGAACGAGCGUCAACAGGUUCUGCUCGAGCUGGCUAGUACUACACGGCGUUUUCGUCUAGUUAUCUCUUUGAUAGCGGAUAUGGUGCUCAGCGAAAUUCAGGACCUUUGGUAAGGUGGUCAGCGGCCCGCGCAGAGGGCCAGUACCACGCAGAAGCACCUGGUCACUCUUCUACUUCAAAACAGUAAGAAAACGAAGGAGAAGCAAUGGCCUCAACUGUGUUCCCCAUAGUGUUCGAGAAUUUAUUUGAUCUGUGUGGUUCUUUUUGUUCUUCUUUGACGUGUCUAGUGGAAGCAGGUCGUCCCGGUAUGUGUUGGAAAGCUUUCUCUUGGCUGUCAUGAGCGUGCGGCUGUAUGCGGCGAGCCCCGUCUUUGCAAAGAUGGGGGCUCCGAGGUGUUCGCAAUGCGUGCAAGCAUACGGCCACCGCGUGCGGCCUGCGCUCUUUGUUUCUGGCAGUGUGGUAGUGGAGCUGGCCUUGGGCGCACUCUAGAGCGCUCGAGGCCACCCUCUAAGCUUGCGGCAUCAAGUUGGGCGCGUGCCUUGUUUACCUCUGCAGCGUGAGUGCUGGCCGUGUUCGUGUCGUGAGAUGGUGGCGCGUGGUGUCUUGUAGGACUGCGCCACUCUGACGCGCCUACUUUGCAUGCUGUGAAGGGAGCCGCCACGGAACAAAGCACAGCGCGCGGCGAGGCGAAGCGCCACUCAUUCCCCGAAAUUAUUGCGCGGCUCUGCUCGCUUUAGACUAGUAACCUACCAGCCGACUACGCGGCGAGCGCAGGCGAAGGCGCCGGCCGGGGCUGCAGUGCAGCUAAGCCCACAGAACACGCGCCCAGAAGUGACACGCGGGCGCCGCUUGUCGGGCUCUUGCUCUUCUGUUUCCUUCUUGGGAGGGAGCUGCUUAAAGAGUUUCCUUAUGAGAAGCAGGCCCUGGCGGGGCUGGUGGUGGCAAGAAGAAGAAGAGGGCGCAGAAGUUGGCGGCUUUGAGGCACAAGCAGACCGCAGGGCGCCCAGCCUCUCUCAGCUGCGGGCAGCACAGACAGACCGCGCCGGGCCCAGGGGGCUGCGGCUACUUGCUUGCUUGUGCUUGUGGUCAUCAUUGCGGGGCGCGGCACGAAGCGCAGGAUGUUGGCGCCGGCUUCUGGAACUGCAGCAAGCGGAAGGGCCUCCGCUCGUGUGCCUGGGAGUCAUUGCCUCGCUUGUUGUUGUGGAUUUUCUGAAGGACAGAAAAUAAAGGGCUUGCUCUUGCAGGGUUGUCGUGCUUGUGUGGUUCUGUGUCUGCAUCUUUCCAGCUUUGUUGCGUGAAGUAUUUGGUGGACCGCUUCGGCACUCACCUCAGAGGCUGCGUGGCUGAUGGGGUGGAACUGCUUGCAAAGCGUGGCGACUGCAGCGUGCUGCGGGUUUUCUGCCAUGUCAAGCAGGAUAGCGAAAGCGCAAAGGCUACCGCAGCCGCAUGUAAGAGCAUGGCGGACCGGUUGCAGCGUUCGCGCAGGCUUUGUCUUGUCCACGUGUGGCGCCUUCUUUCUUGAGCGGGGCGGGCGUCGCGCUUCAUUUGCCGCAGGUUUCGCCUGAGGUGCUCGCUUGGCCCUUCCCUCUUUGCUUUGCUUUGUAUUGUUUGGUGUACAUCUGCGAUCUUAGUGAAUAUUGGCAAUCUUGGCAAUCGCUUCCAGCUGUUGCAAAUAUUUAAGAUCUGGACGAAUAUUUGCGCGUCUUUUUUGCGGCUGCUUUAUUUAUUUUUCUUUGUAAUAUUUUUUCGCAGCUGUAGCAGCUUAAAAAAAGCGCGGGAGGCGCCUGUGGGUUGUGUGUGUGUCGUUGUUUUUGCUGCUGCAGGACGAGAGGCGCCGGGCGUCGGUGGUGUCCUUGGUGUUUUUUGUGUGCAGUUUUUGCCUGUGUAAUAUUUUCGAUUUCUGUGCGUUCUCUUCUACGUUUUUCCCGCUGUGUGUCUGUGUAGCUGGUUCUUGUGGUGCGCUGCUGCCGUCUUCGCUGUGCUGUUUCCGGCGUGGUUUUGCCGCUGAGUCUUACAAAAAAAGCGGCGGCAGCUGUUUUUCUUUCUCUCUGGAGAAUUCUGCAAAUAUUCCUCGGCGUUAUUUUUCGGCUCUUUUAUAUUUGUGCGUAGAUUUCUCAUGAGUGGGCUAGCUGUAGACUCUCAGGCUUUUUGCUUGUCUGCUGGUUACUUGGUGCGCUGCCUUUGGUUCUUCUGCUUUCCCCUUGUUUCUGCGGGAUGGUUGUGCCAUGGCCUGGGUUGUUUAUUUUGUGCUUGUUGUGUCUCUGUCUCUUCUUGUCUGUCUUUUUUUGUGCACUUUCUUUGUGUUUUUUGGUAGCAGUUUGCCGCGGCGUUGGUGGCAGUGGUCGUCGGGGUUUUCUCCGGUUUUUUCUGCUGUCUUUUUAUUAAUUUCUGGCAGCUGAAAAACGGCGCCGCUUGCGGAACACGAAAUUAAUAAGCCCGCGCGCGGUUUUUCGGCUGGUUUGGAGUUUUGCGACCGGGUGUCGCCUGUCUUCUUUAUUUCGCCUCUUCUGGUUGUUAUCUUCGUCGCGAUGGUGUCACUGCUCGACCGUGUUGCGCCUUGACGCCCGCGCGCUUUUGUUUGUGUCUCCUCAGACAGUCACACCAUGGGGGGCAGGCUAAGCGUGGAAGAGAGGGGAGCGCGUGGCCUUUUUCUACUAAGUUCUUUGCGGGAGGUUUGCGCGAUAGGCUCAGGCUGUCGCUUCGUCUUUCUGUGGAGCUCCUCGACGUGGCGUUUCUCUGUGGCAAACCGAAAAAGGGCAGGCGCCUGCGCUCUUUUUUGCGGCUGCUCCGUAUUUUUUGCGCGAUGGGUAGAGCUUGGCUGGGCACGUGGUUGGCCGUUCGUGUCCCUUUGGUUUGUGUCUCGGUGUCUGCGCUGAGGUGGUUGGGAUGCACAAUGUGUCAGCUGUGUCUGCUUCCUGGCGUGCAUCAUUGCGGCGCUCGCUUGCUUCGUUGUGGUGUAGAUCGCGGCAGGCGGUCGCUUCUUUGGUUGUUUUGGUUCUGCUCGGCCGCUAUUUCUGCCUCGUCUUUUCUGCAGCAUGGUUUUGCGCUCCUGGUGAAGAGCCCUUGCUUGAUUCGGUGGUUUUUUUCGGCUGUGUUUUUGCAGAAAAUGGCGCAGCAGAAAAAAAGCGGCGGCGGGUGUUGCGCUGCUUAUUCUUGCGUGCGGUUUUUCUGCUGCUGUCGUUGUGGCUAGCUUGUCACCCGGCCGCCCUCGUCGAAGGUGCAGGCGGCGGCGCUGGCGCUAGAUCUCCGCGAAGCUAUUCGCCGCCGCGCGUGCUUUUUGGCGGCUUUGUGUGUGUCCUUUGAUGCGCGGCGCGGUUUUUUCGGCUGCAUAAACACACAGCCGAAAAGCGUCGGGAGGUGUUUUUGCCUUGGUUCUGCUUUCGGUGUUUUUGCGGCUCUGUCUCAUCAGUGUCGCCGUGGUUUGUUCUGUUGGGUGGAUGCUCCCUUGUUCGUUGAGUGAACGCCAGGCGCUUGCCGUGUGGCUGCUCUUUUCGGUCGGUGUGGUUGCUUUUGCUGUUGUUUCGGCGUGGAGAGAGUAGCGCAGCCGCGUGCCGCCAAAGGGCUGCCCAUUGCUUAGCGUUGGCAGCUGCCGCGCUUGUAGGUGCUGAGACCGCUGGGCUGAGCCAUGGGCGCUGCUCGUCGCUGUUCUGCUCUUGUUGUUCUGGUCUUAGUCUGGCCCACGUUGGUGCGCUCUUUGGUGUCUGGUGCAUGGCCUGCGACUGCCUGGCCCGUUUGCUGUGUGUGUUUCGGUAUUAAGGGCUGAAGGCGUUGCAUCUUCAGAGUGUUUUACUUUUCUACUUAUCGAUCAGUGUUCCCGGAGGUCAUUGCUUUCGCUGUUGUGUUCUUGGAGAGUGUUCCACUUGCUUGCGGAGCAGAAUGCGGAGCCCGCCGCGGGAGGGGUAGUCAGUGUCUGUGGUGUGUUUGGCGCACCCGCUUACUCCUUGCGGAAGUUGGUGGCCAGAGGGUUGCGAACUGCAUGGGAGUGCUUGAGAACCUUGCGGCCUGACCGUAAUGCGACAGGCCCCCGCGCUGAGUGAGGCCGGGGCGUGGCUGUGGACAAGCCGCGAGGAGGCACGCGCAUGGCAGAAGAUUGCGGAGGCACUCACGGGGCCAGGGCGUGCCCAGGGUGGCACCCUUGCGGGUACGGAAUCGGCGACGGCAAUAGCAUUGGCUUCGGCGCCAUUUGGUUCGGGCUGCGGUGGUGUGGGGACGCCAACGCGGCACCCCUGACAGCGUUCCCACCCCAUCGCCCGGGGGUUCGGUUACUUUCUGCCAUCUUCUCGGGGGUACUUCUUGGACUCCUCCAACAAAGUCCGCGGCUGUGGGUCGCUUUUGUCGCACGGAUUGGCUCAGCCGCCUCAGCUGCGAGAGCUGUUCCUGAAUGGGAUGCUGGCGCUGCCGUUUAUGUCGGCGGGGACUACGUAAGCCGGCUAGGCUUUGCAAAUUGCCACAAAGAUGCGCCAAAGCUGCCGCCUAGUGGCGUGCCCUCCACUGCGGCCCCUGCCUGCCGCUCGCGCGCUUGCCAAGUGGAUUUCCUGGAGGCCUUCCGAGAUCGUGUUCGCUAUGAAAAACCUGGCCGCAGUAAAGGAGCGCCGUGCGCUGCUGCAUCGCGUUGAUUGCUGGCGGCGUCACCGACAGGGGCUAGCGUGGUUGCUGCCUUCCCGAAUCUGGCACAGAUUGGGACUCCUUUGAAGCUGCAGCCGCAGCUAUUCGCGUGCACUACUCCGCGCCCCCGUGCGCUGGCGGUGGUGGCUUAGUUUGUGACGAGCGCAAGCCCCGAAGGCAGACAAAAGGGGCAGAAGAGGGGAGGCGGCUCCCCUGUUUGUUUUGGCGUCGUCCGCGCUUAGCCUUCUCCAGGGGGUAAGUGGGCCGGUCGCUCGCGUGUUUGGCAACACAACUGCCCCCGCAGUGCGUUGGAUUGCGGCGGACUAGGCUUGGGCCUUGGUGCUCUUUUUGGUCUCCGCGUUUGGUGUGCCGCCAGCUCCUCAGCGCGCGCUGGUUGUGGUGUGAGCAGUUUGGGGAACACACUCAAGCGGCUGGAAACAGUGACACACUCGCCGAGGCGCAAACGCUGGACGGUCGGGGCUCGGGUUCUAUGGCGUGCAGAAGCGCUCGCUUGCCUGAUUUUAGCGCGCUAAAUUUGGCGCGCGUGGUCAUGCCGAUCGUGUCUUUCAGGGCGGGCCAUUGUCGGCGAACUUCUUGGCGCGUGGUUGCUUUUGGCAUGCAGGUAAGACUGGCAGGUCGCGCGGGGCGGUUCUUGAUUGAGGUCGCCGGGAAUAGGGAGACGCGCCCGUCUUUUGCUUCGUUUCUUCCUGGUUAUUCAAUGCACAGCAGAUUCUGUUGGGCCUACUUGGCUGAUGUCGUCUGAUUGUCGCACUAGACACAGCAUUUCUUCUCGAAAACAAGCAAGAUUCUUCAAAUACAACAAACUUUUUUGAUUAGAUUACGCAUUAUUAUGAAAACUUUGCGCGCCAUGUGCUCCACUACAUAUUCGUGAAGCGCACUAAUCCCAACUAUCAAAGGUCGACGCGAUUUGGUCAGUGCGUGCAUUCUCUUUUGAAUAGCUGCAAGGAUUUGCGAUGUAUGGGGAGGACAAGCCAGCGGAGAAUCAGACUUCGCGUGAGUAUCUGGCUUUGUGAGUAGCGGCAAGAAGGAAAAAGGGAAGGCUCGCAGCGGCUAUUGAUGGCUGACAAAGCUAGCCUUGAAUAAUUCUCAGGGCAUGUCGCCAUCCUGCUUUUUUAUCUUCUUAAAUACUUCAGAAUGAAACUGUAGGUGCGCCAAGUCUGGCUGUAUAGAUAUCGUCCGAUCUGAGCGCCAGAAGUAAAGCGAUUUGAUC